AUGAAGAUAAAGCCCGUUUCCCACAAGACCGAGAACACGUACCGGUUUCUUACAUUUGCUGAGCGACUGGGAAAUGUGAAUAUCGAUAUUAUUCAUCGAAUCGAUAGAACUGCAAGUUAUGAGGAGGAGGUUGAAACCUACUUUUUUGAAGGCCUGCUGAAAUGGAGAGAAUUGAACCUUACAGACCACUUUGGGAAAUUUUAUAAAGAAGUUAUUGACAAAUGCCAGUCAUUUAAUCAAUUGGUCUAUCAUCAAAAUGAGAUUGUUCAGAGUUUGAAGACUCACCUGCAGAUCAAGAACAGUUUUGCCUAUCAGCCCCUUUUGGAUUUGGUUGUGCAGUUGGCACGAGAUCUGCAGACAGACUUCUAUCCACAUUUUCAAGAUUUUUUCCUAACCAUCACUUCAAUCCUGGAGACUCAGGACACGGAGUUGUUAGAAUGGGCCUUUACUUCGCUCUCCUAUCUUUACAAAUACCUUUGGAGGCUGAUGGUAAAGGACAUGGACAAUAUAUACAGCAUGUACAGUACACUCCUGGCUCAUAAAAAACUGCAUAUAAGAAAUUUUGCCGCUGAAAGCUUUACUUUUUUAAUGAGAAAGGUUUCAAAUAAAGAUGCACUUUUCAAUUUAAUGUUUCUUGAUCUUGAACAACAUCCAGAAAAGGUGGAAGGAGUGGGACAGUUGUUCUUUGAAAUGUGCAAAGGCGUUAGAAACAUGUUUCACUCUUGUGCAGGCAAGGCGGUAAAGUUAAUUUUACAAAAGUUGGGACCUAUUACUGAAACAGAAACACAACUGCCAUGGAUCUUGGUUGGAGAAGCACUCAAAAAUAUGGUCAAAUCCACUGCAUUCUACAUCGCCAAGGAGCAUUUUGGUAUAUUUUUUGAAUGUUUGCAAGAAUCGCUCCUUGAUCUACAUACUAAAAUAACCAAGGCUAACCAUUGUGAAAGUUCUGAGCAGAUUAAAAGGGUGUUGGGAACAUAUCUGAUACUUGUGAAACAUGGAAAUGGAUCACGUAUAACCAACCCUGUUGACGUUUGUAAGGUGUUGUCAAAAACAUUGCAAACAACCCAUCUGUCUACUGCUUGCCGAAAGACCCUCUUGGAUGUUAUUUCUGCUUUGAUCCUGGGCGAGAAUGUUUCUUUGCCAGAGAGCCUCAUCAGAGAAACCAUAGAAAAAACUUUUGAGAGUGAAUUUGAAAGACGUUUAAUUUUGGAUUUUUCUGAAGUCAUGUUUGCCAUGAAGCAGUUUGAAAAGCUUUUUCUACCAAGCUUUCUCAAAUAUAUUGAGAAUUGCUUCUUGACUGAUGACAUUAUGGUCAAAGAUGAAGCUCUAGCCAUUUUGGCCAAACUUAUCCUGAACAAAGCGCCUCCUCCCACUGCUGGUUCCGUGGCAAUUGAAAAGUACCCUCUAGUUUUCUCAGAACCGACUGUGGAAUCUUACUUAAGGCAGAAGGUGAAUAGAUCCAAGGGAAAGAAAGAACAGAGUCCAGUGUUGGAUCACCUUUUGUGUAUAAUCCAGUUGCCUCCAAAUAAAGACAAUACUUACCUUUCACAUUCUUGGGCAGCCCUGGUAGUAUUACCUCAUAUCAGGUUUCUUGAGAAAGAGAAGGUGAUACCACUUGUCGCAGGCCUUAUAGAGUCACUCUUCACCACUGUUGACACAGGGAGCUUUGGAAAAGGAAACUUAUUUGUUCUUUGUCAAGCUCUAAGCGCUCUUCUAAGCUUAGAGGAAUCUGCUGGACUUCUCAAAUUGGUUCCUGUGGAACGUGUGAAGAAUUUAAUACUGACGUUUCCUUUGGAGCCAUCUGUGUUGCUAUUGGCCGAUCUCUAUUACCACAGAUUAUCUCUGUGUGGCUGCAGAGAGCUACUUUCCCAGGAAGCUUUGAUGGAAUUGCUUCCGAAGUUAGAAGCCAACAUUUCAACUGGUAUAUCCAAGAUUCGACUUUUGACAAUAAGGAUUCUAAACCAUUUUGAGAUUCGGCUUCCAGAACUUAUAGAGGAUGACGGGCUGUCAGAACGCCAGACUGCCCUUGCUGUAAUCCGCCAGGCUGAACUCAUCCCAGCAACGGUGAAUGAUUACAGAGAGAAGCUGCUUCAUUUGCGGAAACUGAGACAUGAUGUGGUGCAGACCGCAGUCCCAGAUGGGCCACUGCAGGAGGUGCCCCUGCGGUAUUUAUUAGGCAUGCUAUAUAUUAAUUUCAGUCCUCUCUGGGAUCCUGUCAUUGAACUCAUAAGUUCUCAUGCACAUGGAAUGGAAAAUAAGCAAUUUUGGACAGUCUGUUAUGAACAUCUAGAGAGAGCAGCUACACAUGCUGAGAAAGAGCUGCAGCGUGAUGACACAGAUGCAGAGCAGUCCAUCGGGGAUGAGAGCUGGGAGCAGACCCAGGAAGGAGACGUCGGUGCUCUUUAUCACAAGCAGCUGGCGUUGAAAACAGACUGUCGGGAGAGGCUGGACCAUACCAACUUCCGCUUUUUACUCUGGCGAGCUCUGGCAAAAUUCCCAGACAGAGUAGAGCCACGCUCCAGGGAACUGUCCCCACUCUUCUUGAGAUUUAUCAACAAUGAGUAUUACCCAGCAGAUCUUCAAGUUGCUCCAACCCAAGAUCUGCAAAAAAAAGGCAGAAGAGGGGUAGCAGAGGAGAUGGAAGAGGAACCAGCUGCCAGAGAUGAUGAGGAGUUGGAAGAAGAGGAGGUGCCCCAAGAUGAACCCACCCAGAAGAAAAAGACAAGAAGAGCUGCCGCGAAGCAGUUAAUUGCUCAUUUACAAGUUUUCGCUAAGUUUUCAAAUCCACGGGCCUUAUAUCUGGAAUCAAAAUUAUAUGAGCUGUAUCUUCAGUUGUUGCUACACCAGGAUCAAACAGUACAGAAAAUAAGUCUGGAUUGUAUAAUGACGUAUAAGCAUCCACAUAUACUCCCUUACAGGGAAAACUUGGAAAGGUUGCUUGAAGACAGAAGCUUUAAGGAAGAAAUUGUGCACUUUAGCAUUUCAGAAGAGAACACGGUGGUGAAAGCAGAGCACCGGGCAGACCUGUUUCCUGUUCUGAUGAGAAUUUUGUAUGGGCGAAUGAAGAACAAGACUGGGACUAAAACUCAGGGGAAAUCUGCAUCCGGCACACGCAUGUCCAUUGUCCUCCGGUUCCUCGCUGGGACCCAGCCCGAGGAGAUCCAGAUAUUCUUGGACCUCCUGUUUGAACCUGUGAAGCACUUCAAGAAUGGAGAGUGCCAUUCUUCAGUCAUUCAGGCUGUAGAAGAUUUGGAUUUGUCUAAAGUUCUUCCUUUGGGUCGCCAGCAUGGUAUCUUAAACAGCCUUGAGAUCGUAUUGAAGAACAUCAGUCAUCUGAUCAGUGCGUACCUUCCAAAGAUUUUGCAGAUACUGCUCUGUAUGACAGCAACCGUGUCACACAUCCUCGACCAACGAGAAAAGAUCCAACUGAGGUUUAUUAACCCGUUGAAAAAUUUAAGACGUCUUGGGAUCAAAAUGGUGACGGAUAUCUUUUUGGAUUGGGAGUCGUAUCAGUUCCAAACGGAAGAAAUUGAUGCCAUGUUCCAUGGUGCAGUUUGGCCUCAGAUCAGCAGGCUUGGAUCUGAGAGUCAGUAUUCGCCUACUCCUCUGCUGAAGUUAAUUAGUGUCUGGAGCAGAAAUGCAAGGUAUUUCCCUCUUCUGGCUAAACAGAAGCCUGGACAUCCAGAGUGUGAUAUUUUGACCAAUGUUUUUGCAAUUCUGUCAGCAAAGAAUCUCUCUGACGCCACAGCCAGUAUUGUGAUGGAAAUCGCCGAUGACCUCCUCAACCUUCCAGAUUUUGAGCCCACAGAAACCGUUUCGAACUUGCCUGUCACAGGCUGCGUGUACUCUGACAUGGCAGAAAAUGCAGACGAGUCUCUCACGAUAGGAGGGAGGUUAAUUCUACCUCACGUACCUGUAAUUCUUCAGUAUCUCAGCAAAACCACAAUUAGCGCAGAAAAGGUGAAAAAGAAAAAGAACAGAGCACAAGUCAGCAAGGAGCUUGGCAUUCUUUCCAAGAUCAGCAAGUUUAUGAAAGACAAAGAGCAGAGUUCUCUACUCAUUGCACUCCUCCUUCCUUUCCUCCACCGUGCCAACAUUGCCGAGGAGACAGAGCUUGAUAUUCUGGUGACAGUGCAAAACCUGCUGAAGCAUUGCUCGGACCCUACCAGCUUCCUCAAACCUCUGGCAAGGCUCUUCUCAGUUAUUAAGAACAAGUUGUCUCGGCAGUUGCUUUGUUCUGUUUUCCAGACUCUUUCUGAUUUUCAAGGUGAAUUAAAGUAUAUUACUGAUGUUGUCAAGCUUAACGCCUUUGACCAAAGACAUCUUGAUGAUAUCAACUUUGAUGUUCGCUUCUCAACAUUCCAGAGCAUCACAGCUCACGUCAAAGAAAUGCAAACAAUAGAUGUCAAUUACUUGAUUCCAGUUAUGCAUAACUGUUUCUAUAAUCUCGAGUUAGGAGACAUGUCUUUAAGUGAUAAUGCCAGUGUGUGCCUGAUAAGUAUCAUCAAAAGACUAGCUGCCUUGAACUUUACAGAGAAGGAAUAUCGAGAACUCAUUCAGCGUUCACUCCUGGAGAAAUUGAGAAAAGGGUUGAAGAGCCAGACAGAGAGUAUUCAACAGGAUUAUACGACACUGCUUUCCUGUCUAAUCCAGACCUUUCCAGAUCAACUGGAAUUUAAAGACUUGGUACAGCUUACUGAUUACCAUGACCCAGAAAUGGACUUCUUUGAGAACAUGAAGCACAUUCAGAUUCACAGAAGAGCACGAGCCCUGAAGAAACUGGCAAAGCAGCUGAUGGAAGGCAAAAUUGUGCUGUCUUCUAAAUCUCUUCAGAAUUACAUUAUUCCUUACGCCAUGAUGCCAAUUUUUGAUGAGAAAAUGCUCAAGCAUGAAAAUAUAACCAUAGCUGCCACAGAGGUUAUUGGAGCAAUAUGUAAACAUCUCUCCUGGCCAGCAUAUAUAUAUUACUUGAAACAUUUCAUUCAUGUCCUGUUCACAGGACAGAUCAAUCAAAAGUUGGGUGUCAGUUUGCUGGUGAUAGUGUUAGAAGCAUUCCACUUCGAUCACAAAACUCUCGAAGAGCAAAUGGGGAAAGUUCAGAAUGAAGAAAACACAGUCGAAAUGACUGAGGUAGCAGAGCAUGAAGCCAUGGAGUUAGAAGAAGGAGGUGAGGAGGGAGAAGAAAAAGAAAACACCUCUAAGAGUCUGUCGGACAACGACGAGUUGCCAGGAAAUCCCGAGGCAGCAGAUUCCGAAGAGACGCCCGCUGAGGAAUCCGAGGGUCCCACAAAGCCCAUCUCCUUCCUGCCUCAGAAUAAGGAAGAAUUGGAAAGAACAAUUAAAAAUAUCCACGCAACCAUAACUGGGGAUAUCCUACCCAAGCUGCAUAAAUGCCUUGCAUCCACGACCAAAAGAGAAGAAGAGCACAAGCUCAUCAAGUCAAAGGUUGUGAAUGACGAGGAAGUGGUUCGUGUGCCUCUGGCUUUUGCCAUGGUUAAACUAAUGCAGUCCCUGCCACCGGAAGUUAUGGAAACGAAUCUGCCAAGUAUUUUGCUGAAAGUGUGUGCCCUUCUCAAGAACAGAGCACAGGAAAUCAGGGAUAUUGCACGCAGCACUCUCACCAAAAUAAUAGAGGAUCUGGGUGUGCACUACCUGCAGUACAUUUUAAAGGAAUUACAGAGUACACUUGUGCGUGGUUAUCAGGUCCAUGUGCUGACUUUCACUGUUUACACAUUGCUGCACGGCCUCACACACAAGCUACAAGUUGGGGAUUUGGACUCCUGCUUAGAUAUAAUGAUCGAGAUUUUUAACCAUGAAUUGUUUGGUGCCAUUGCUGAAGAAAAAGAAGUAAAGCAGAUCCUCUCCAAAAUCAUGGAGGCGCGAAGAAGCAAGAGCUAUGAUUCUUACGAAAUCCUGGGCAAGUUUGUAGGAAAAGAUCAAGUUACAAAGCUGAUCCUUCCAUUAAAGGAGAUCUUACAAAAUACCACGAGUUUAAAACUGGCUCGGAAGGUUCAUGAAACCUUACGCCGAAUCAUAGCGGGAUUGAUUGUGAAUGAGGAGAUGACGGCAGAAUCCAUACUAUUGCUCAGCUAUGGCUUGAUCAGUGAAAAUCUCCCCCUGUUAACAGAGAAAGAAAAAAAUCCAGCAACGCCAGCUCCAGAUCCACGCCUGCCCCCCCAGAGCUGUCUUCUGCUGCCCCCAACUCCAGUUCGAGGCGGACAGAAAGCCCUCGUGAGCAAGAAAACCAACAUGCACAUAUUUAUCGAGUCUGGGCUUCAGCUGCUGCAUCUCAGUCUGAAGAAUUCCAAGAUCAAGUCUUCAAGUGAGCAUGUUUUGGAAAUGUUGGAUCCUUUUGUCUCUCUCCUCAUUGACUGCCUGGGUUCCAGGGAUGUGAAGGUGAUCACAGGCACUUUACAGUGCCUCAUCUGGGUCUUGAGAUUCCCCUUGCCUUCCAUCGAAACAAACGCAGAGCAGCUGACAAGACACCUGUUCAUUUUGCUGAAGGACUAUGCAAAACUUGGGGCUGCCAGGGGGCAGAAUUUCCACCUGGUGGUCAAUUGUUUCAAGUGUGUGACCAUACUUGUGAAGAAAGUGAAGUCUUACAAGAUAACUGAAAAACAGCUGCAAGUCCUGCUGGCGUAUGCGGAGGAGGACAUCUAUGAUACCUCAAGACAAGGAACUGCAUUUGGUCUUCUCAAGGCCAUUUUAUCAAGAAGAUUAUUGGUUCCGGAAAUAGAUGAUGUCAUGCGUAAAGUAUCCACCUUGGCCAUCUCUGCACAGAGUGAACCCAUCAGGCUCCAGUGUAGACAGGUUUUCCUGAAAUACAUUCUGGACUAUCCCCUUGGUGACAAAUUGAGACCAAACUUGGAAUUCAUGCUUGCUCAGCUGAGCUAUGAACAUGAGACCGGAAGAGAAUCGGCCUUGGAAAUGAUUGCCUAUCUCUUUGACACCUUCCCUCAGGGGCUGCUCCAUGAGAACUGUGGAAUGUUCUUUAUUCCUCUUUGUCUAAUGCUGGUCAACGAUGACUCUGCCACGUGCAAAAAGAUGGCCGCCAUGACAAUCAAGUCUUUACUCAGUAAAAUUAACCUGGAAAAAAAAGACUGGCUGUUUAAUAUGGUUACCACCUGGUUUACUGCAAAAAAGCGCUUAAAUAGACAACUGGCCGCCUUGAUCUGUGGCUUAUUUGUGGAAAGUGAAGGAGUUGAUUUUGAAAGGAGACUUGGCGCUGUACUUCCUGUGAUUGAGAAGGAAAUUGAUCCUGAAAACUUUAAAGAUAUAAUAGAAGAGACUGAAGAAAAGGCUGCCGAUCGCCUUCUGUUUAGUUUUCUUACACUAAUCAGUAAACUCAUCAAGGAAUGCAAUUUAAUUCAGUUAACCAAGCCCUCUGAGAUCUUGCGUAAGAUCUGGUGUCACCUGCACGAUCACCUGAGGCAUCCCCACAGCUGGGUGUGGCUCACCGCAGCCCAGGUCUUUGGGUUGCUCUUUGCCUCUUGCCAGCCAGAGGAGCUUGUUAGAAAAUGGAGCUCCAAGAAGACUAAAAAGGGUCUCCCAGAACCAGUGGCAAUCAAGUUCCUAACAAGCGACCUUGACCAGAAGAUGAAAAGUAUUUCUUUGGCUUCCUGUCAUCAGUUACAUUCCAAAUUCUUGGAUCCGUCACUUGGGGAGCAGGUUGUUAAGAAUUUGUUGUUUGUUGCCAAAGUCUUAUACUUCCUGGUACCGGAUUCUGAGGAUAAGCAAGCCGAGACAGCAGAAGGGAGAGAAGAGCACGGAGCUUUAGGAGCCAAUGAGGCCCAAGAGGAAGUGGAAGAGCCUGCCGCGGCCUGUGCCGAUGACGGAGAGCAGAGCCGGGAGCAGGAGGAGCCCAGCAAACCGGCCACCCUGCUCUGGCUGAUCCUCAGAUUGUCCCGGAUGGCAAAGCUGGAGGCCGCCUAUUCACCCAGGAACCCCCUAAAGAGAACAUGCAUCUUUAAGUUCCUUGGAGCCAUAGCGAUGGACCUGGGAGAAGAGAGGGUGAAGCUGUAUCUGCCAAUGAUCAUAGCGCCUUUGUUUCGAGAACUGAACAGCACCUACGCAGAGCAAGAUCCUUCAUUGAAGAAUCUAUCCCAGGAGAUCAUAGAAUUACUCAAAAAGCUGGUUGGCCUCGAGAGCUUUUCCUUAGCCUUUGCGUCUGUGCAGAAACAGGCGAAUCAGAAGAGGGCGCUCCGGAAAAAGAGGAAGGCUUUGGAGUUUGUAACUAACCCUGAUAUUGCUGCCAAGAAAAAGUUGAAGAAACACAAAAAUAAAAGUGAAGCUAAGAAGAGAAAAAUAGAGUUUCUGCGUCCCGGCUAUAAGGCCAAGAGGCAGAAAACCCAGAGCCUGAGAGAUUUAGCGAUGGUGGAGUGA